AUGAUGGACUACGCGCAAUAUCAGCAACCUCCACCGUCGGCGCACUCUGGUUACACGAGUUCUGGCGCUGGGAAUAACAUCACCUCUCCCACGAGUCACAGCAUACACCAGCACAACGUCCAGACCUCGCCAAUUCUGCCCUCGCAACAUCAAUCUUCGGCGCCCGGACAAGGACACAACAUGUACCAGACGCAGUAUGGCGUGCCCCAGCAGGGCAUGCACUAUGGCGUACCUCAGAUCCAGGCCGCUGCCAUGGCUGCGACCGCCGCUGCAGCCGGUGGAACCGGCUAUCAAGGAUAUAUGCCCUCGGAUCCAAGCCUCUCGCAGAGCUCGCCGAGGAUGGCAUCCGGGGCCAAGAAGGAUUCCCGGGAUCCCCGUUCACCUCAGCAGAUGAACGUCAACCAAUUGCCCGGCCGGCGCAUGAGCCAGGUUACCAGCCCUGGAGUCCCGAAUGCACCUAUGAUGAGCCACAACGGCCCUCGCUCGGCCGUCGCACCUCCCCCGAUGCCCCCGGCACAAUCCAUGCAGCAGCCACAGUCACCAGAGAUGACAGCGGGCGUGGAAGAGUCGCCCCUAUAUGUCAAUGCGAAACAGUUCCACCGCAUCUUGAAGAGACGUGUCGCACGACAGCGGCUUGAAGAGGCGCUGCGCCUCACCAGCAAGGGUCGCAAGCCGUAUCUGCACGAAUCGCGACAUAAUCACGCAAUGCGACGUCCCCGGGGCCCUGGUGGACGGUUCUUGACCGCCGAAGAAGUAGCAGAGAUCGAACGAACGAAGGGCUCAGGCGACGACAAGGAUAGCAGUCCCAUCGAACCGCCGCCCAACAAGGCCGGUUCGAAGAGGAAGUCUCAAUCACAUGCCGCUGCGUCCAAUAAAAAGGCGAAAAUUGAGCCGCGCAGCCCCGACGAAGAUGAAGACGAUGACGCCGAGGACGAUAGCUAA